CUACGGUGUAUUUAUUCCACAUCUGACAAAGAUCUAAUCCUUCGAAGAGAUUCAAACUUUUUUUUUAUCAACGGAAGCCUACAGCAACUAGCGUUUUGGAACUCUGUGGAGACGCCAUUGGCAAUGACAUCGCUCCCGUGCGCUCUGUGCAUAAUAUGGAUAUGUCUGAUCUGUCAUUCGACGGGAACGGGAUUUAUUUACAAGUUUCCCGGAGUGACUGGCCAAAGCGUCAACUCGGAGCAGAGCGCGACCACAGGUUCACCAGGCAGCGGAUCAAACAUUCACCUCAGGAACUGGUGCCAGUACACUGUGUUGAGGACAGUGAAGUGCCAGGUGCACAAUGGGACAGAGACCACAGUGCAGAGAGUGUUUCAAGGCUGCCGCUGGCCAGGACCCUGCUCCAAACUCAUCAGCUACAGGACCGUGGUCAGGCCGUCUUACAAGGUGGCCUAUCGGCAGAUCACAGCUCGGGAGUGGAGGUGCUGUCCUGGGUUUGUAGGAGGUGAAUGUCGAGAAGAGUGUAUGAACUGCACUGGCUUCACUGACAUAAACAACAGACUGAACUUCAUGGAGUCCAAGAUUAAGCUGCUAGAGGGAGCAGGUUCACCUUCACCGUCCUUCAACAACUCAACAGAGGGCUCCAGUGACAACGUCAUGUAUACCCCCACCCCCAUCGGCCCUCCAUCUUAUCUGCACCCAGGAGGAAGAGGACCACCGGGGCCAAUCGGAUCACCAGGAAUUCCAGGCCCAGCUGGCGAGGCAGGGGUUCCAGGACAGACCGGCCCCACAGGGCCAAUGGGAGAGAGAGGAAGACCAGGAGAGAUGGGACAUCCAGGCCCUCCAGGGCCAACCUCCUCCUCUACCCGGCCGAGAGGUGACAUGUUUGGGUUCGACGAGCAGGAGGAGACCCGUCUUACUCCAACUCUUCCUGAGUUGGUAGCUGGCCCUCCCGGUCCAUCUGGCCCCCUAGGACCUCCAGGUCCCCCUGGACCAAUCGGACCAGCAGGAGUUCCAGGGCGAGAUGCAGAGGGAGGUCUCCAAGGCAAGGCUGGGAUUCCUGGUCCUAAAGGAGACGCAGGGGAGAGGGGCCCUUCAGGAUUACCAGGGGAGCACGGCAAGCCUGGGCAGUCUGGGCAGAAGGGGGAGCCAGGAGAGGGUUUGCCUGAGGGGGGAGCUGAAGGACUGCAGCAGCUGAGGGAAGCUCUCAAGAUCCUGGCAGAGAGAGUUCUGAUUCUGGAACACAUGAUUGGCAUCCAUGAGAGUCCAGUGGAGUCAGGCUCUGGACUGGAAGGCCUACCAGACUCCUUUUCCUUCCCCACCAUCAAGACCAGACUGGCCGAGUCCACCAUCAAGACCAGACUGGCCGAGUCCACCAUCAAGACCAGACUGGCCGAGUCCACCAUCAAGACCAGGCGACUCCAGCCCCUCCAACUCUCCUCCCAUCCAUCCUCAAAGAAGCACUCUGGUGGCCAGACAGAGACCAUGUAUUUUUUAAGACACCAAUGAGUGUUUAGUGUGUGUGUGUGUGUGUGUGUGUGUGUGUGUGUGUGUGUGUGUGUGUGUGUGUGUGUGUGUGUGUGUGUGUGUGUGUGUGUGUGUGUGUGUGUGUGUGUGUGUGUGUGUGUGUGUGUGUGUGUGUGUGUGUGUGUGUGUGUGUGUGUGUCUGAUAGAAAAGGUGUAGUAUCAAAAAGCCUGCAGAAAGUAUUAAUUUACAUAAUGCAUGAAUGGAUAUAUUUUCAGAAAUAUACUCAUAUAUAUUCUCUCUUCUGUGUAGUGUUUGUACACAAUUUAUAUAACAUGCUGUUCUGAGAGCUGAAACCAGACCAUGUUCUGUUCUGAGAGCUGAAACCAGAACAUGUUCUGUUCUGAGAGCUGAAACCAGACCAUGUUCUGUUCUGAGAACUGAAACCAGACCAUGUUCUGUUCUGAGAGCUGAAACCAGAACAUGUUCUGUUCUGAGAGCUGAAACCAGACCCUGUUCUGUUCUGAGAACUGAAACCAGACCAUGUUCUGUUCUGAGAGCUGAAACCAGACCAUGUUCUGUUCUGAGAACUGAAACCAGACCAUGUUCUGUUCUGAGAGCUGAAACCAGAACAUGUUCUGUUCUGAGAGCUGAAACCAGACCCUGUUCUGUUCUGAGAACUGAAACCAGACCAUGUUCUGUUCUGAGAGCUGAAACCAGAACAUGUUCUGUUCUGAGAGCUGAAACCAGAACAUGUUCUGUUCUGAGAGCUGAAACCAGGCCCUGUUCUGUUCUGAGAACUGAAACCAGACCAUGUUCUGUUCUGAGAGCUGAAACCAGAACAUGUUCUGUUCUGAGAGCUGAAACCAGACCAUGUUCUGUUCUGAGAGCUGAAACCAGACCCUGUUCUGUUCUGAGAGCUGAAACCAGACCAUGUUCUGUUCUGAGAACUGAAACCAGACCCUGUUCUGUUCUGAGAACUGAAACCAGACCAUGUUCUGUUCUGAGAACUGAAACCAGAACCUGUUCUGUUCUGAGAACUGAAACCAGACCCUGUUCUGUUCUGCAGGAUUUUGGACAACCUUCCUGCUUACAUUAUUAAAAAUAAGUGGAAUGAAAUGAAUAACUUCUGGUGCAUAAAACGAAAAUAAGUAAAAAUUGUAAAAAAAAAAAAUGGUAUUUUGGCUCGGCUGAAACCACCUGGGUCAAACUCUGAGGUUAUGUUCUGCUGCUGUGGCUGGGUUCUGCUCUGAUCUGUCCUGUUCUGUCUCUCUUGGCAUGUCAUGUUUCUGUUAUUGGCUAGAAAUAAGUGUGUCUCUGUUAUUGGUCAUUCACCUUAUAUGGUCUCAUUUAAGAGUGUAUUUUCAAGUUCUUAUGUAGCACAGUGUUUGUUGACGUACUCCUUUUACUGCACACGUUUUCAGUGUAAUACCUAACAUGAAUGAUGUAUUGAAUACCACGGAUUCUGGAGCACGCUCCGGUUGCAACCUGCAACCUUAUGUGAGGGCUAUGUGAGGGCUAUGUGAUGGCUAUGUGAGGGCUAUGUGAGGGCUAUGUGAGGGCUAUGUGAUGGCUAAGUGAUGGCUAUGUGAGGGCUAAGUGAGGGCUAUGUGAGGGCUAUGUGAGGGCUAUGUGAGGGCUAUGUGAGGGCUAUGUGAUGGCUAUGUGAUGGCUAUGUGAGGGCUAUGUGAGGGCUAUGUGAGGGCUAUGUGAGGGCUAUGUGAGGGCUAUGUGAGGGCUAUGUGAGGGCUAUGUGAGGGCUAUGUGAGGGCUAUGUGAGGGCUAUGUGAUGGCUAUGUGAGGGCUAUGUGAUGGCUAUGUGAUGGCUAUGUGAGGGCUAUGUGAGGGCUAUGUGAGGGCUAUGUGAGGGCUAUGUGAGGGCUAUGUGAGGGCUGUGUGAGGGCUAUGUGAGGGCUAUGUGAUGGCUAUGUGAUGGCUAUGUGAGGGCUAUGUGAGGACUAUGUGAGGGCUAUGGUUGUGGUUGUACUGUCUGUAAGCCAUUGCACUCAGUGGACGUGUACUGUAUCUAUCUCUCAAUUAAACCCGUUCACACAGUUCACA